GGAUGAAGGAUUCCAGUGGAGUGAGGAGGGACUUCCAAGUGUUGGAUCAGGGACACUAAACUACAGGUCUGUGGUCCUUCAUACUGGACAGAAGAGCAACUGAUGAAGAGAUGGACAGAUGGAAUCAGGUGGAGCACCAGGCCUGGGGCUGACACACACUGCCAUGACCUCUCCAUCUGGCUGUUUAACCUAAUCUGAACCUCUUGAGGACUGCUACAGGACGGAUGACUGACUGCCGGGACUGACAUCCAGCAGAAGUUGGAGGGAGUUCACGAUGGAUAUAUACAAAUGUUUGAGCGUACUUUUAUUCGCUCUUCCUCCACAAGCUUGUUACCAAGUUGGACCUCGUGCCCACGCUGAAGAGAGGCUGCUCCAGGAUCUGUUCGCACAUUACAAUAAGCUCUCCCGGCCUGUGGAAAACACUUCAGACACAGUGCUAGUCCACUUUGGACUGUCUAUUGCCCAGCUUAUUGAUGUGGAUGAGAAGAACCAGAUGAUGACCACAAACGUCUGGGUCAAGCAAGAAUGGAACGAUUACAAACUCCGCUGGAACCCAGAGGAAUACGAAAAUGUCACCUCUAUCCGUAUUCCCUCAGAGAUCAUCUGGAGGCCCGACAUUGUCCUCUACAACAAUGCUGAUGGCGACUUUGCGGUGACUCACCUCACGAAGGCACAUCUGUUCUAUGACGGUCAGAUAAAGUGGAUGCCGCCGGCCAUUUACAAGUCGUCGUGCAGCAUAGAUGUCACCUUUUUCCCUUUUGACCAGCAAAGCUGCAAGAUGAAGUUUGGCUCGUGGACCUAUGACCGCGCCAAAAUCGAUCUGAUCAGCAUGAACAGCGACGUGGACCAGAUGGACUACUGGGAGAGCGGCGAGUGGGUCAUUGUCAAUGCGGUGGGCAAGUACAAUACCAAAAAGUACGAGUGCUGCACAGAGAUCUACGCAGACAUCACUUACUACUUCAUCAUCCGGAGGCUACCGUUAUUCUACACCAUUAACCUCAUCAUCCCCUGUCUUCUUAUCUCCUGUUUGACUGUGCUGGUGUUUUAUCUGCCAUCGCAAUGUGGAGAGAAGAUCACCUUGUGUAUCUCAGUGUUAUUGUCCCUAACGGUGUUCCUCCUGCUGAUCACAGAGAUUAUACCGUCUACAUCACUGGUGAUUCCACUGAUUGGUGAAUAUCUACUGUUCACCAUGGUCUUUGUCACACUCUCCAUCGUAAUUACCGUCUUUGUGUUAAACGUACACCACCGAUCACCACAAACCCAUGGCAUGCCUCACUGGGUGCGGAGAGUAUUCUUGGACAUGGUGCCUCGAGUCCUCUUCAUGAAGCGUCCGCCGGGCACAGCCAAGCAGAACUGCAAGAAGCUCAUCGAGAUGCUGCACCGUCCUACCACCAUAUCUGCAACAGGCAACUCGCUGGCCUAUUGGACAGGAUUGGAGACAGGGUUGAGACAGAUGGGCCAGGUAGAGAAAACUCUCCCAAAAACUCCAUCCGACAGUCCAAGCAUCCUUGUCUGCUCACCCUCUCCACCCUCUUCCCAUCUUGAGGACCGCAACGAGGAUGAUCACCCGCUAAACGCCAACAUUUUCUGCCGGUCCACAUCCGGUCAGUAUUCAGUUCUCUCCGAGAAACAACCAUCACGGGGACACAACUCCGCAGCCUCGUCUUCUUCCCAAUUGUCCUUGCCCCCAACUUUGCCACUGGGUCCGGUCCGCAGCCUAUCCAGGGAAGAACCAAAUACACUGGCCCCAAAUGGUCGCUCCCACAGCGUAGAGCAAAUGUCUGACCAACAGAAUGAGCUUCCUCAGCUAGCUGGGCAUCGAUGUCGCUCCCGCAGCUUCCAGUAUUGCUGUCUGCAUGAUGAAGGGCCUGGACUCUUGGCAAUCGCAGGGUGGAUGAAGAAACAAGCCCCUAUAGAUCACCUAGCCGGAACCCUCACAGUUGAGUCCACUAGAGACGCGAGUACCCAACAGGACACCUUGGUUCCAACUAUUUCCCCAGCUAUGCAACGGGCCAUAGAGGGAGUUCAAUACGUCGCUGAUCAUCUCAGGGCAGAGGAUGCAGAUUUUUCAGUGAAAGAAGACUGGAAGUAUGUGGCCAUGGUCAUUGACAGGAUUUUCCUCUGGAUGUUUGUAAUGGUGUGUAUACUGGGAUCAGUGGGACUCUUUCUCCCUCCGUGGCUGGCUGGAAUGAUCUAGACUCGAACACUUGACAGGAAGACACACUGUUUUAUCUUGUAAAAAAAACGGUUUAUUGUUCCUCUUUUUAUUUUUCAAAGGAUUUACAAGUCACACUCUUUGGUCUUGCCCCAGGUUAUCGAAAGGUUACUCACGGAGAAACGAGAUGAAAUAUCUCUCAUUGAUUCCAUUGGGCAUAUAAAUUCUUUAUGAGGGCAAAAGGCCAACAGCGA